GGUGGUCCGCUUCGUCGGCAUGCCCGGGCAUGUUCGAGUGCCGGCCGGCGUUUGUCGGCUGCAUUGGCUGCAUCAGGGUUUCGGCUGUUUCGGCUGUUUCGCGUCGCUGAUGCAACGGCGCGAUGACUCACGUCGAGCCGUGGGCUGCCGAAUACGGUCUAGAUGGAUAUAUUUUCGAGCUUCCAGUGCCUGGCGACGUUUGGCAGGAACAACAGAACGCUAUCUUGUGGCCCACAAAUUCGCGCGAAGAGUCGCCCCAUGAAGACAUCACCAUGCAACUGUUCAAUAACAACGUCCUGCCGAGGACCACGACUCCAAAUACAUCGAGCGUUAACCAGUGUGUGAAUGAGUGGCCCGGUGACUUCGGAUUCAGCGCUGUAAUCGCGAGUACACCGAAAGCCGGCAAAAACGUUAGCUGGACGUAUUCCGAGAAGCUUCGCAAGCUUUACGCUGACGCAAACGUAGCGUGCCCCAUUAGGUUCGUCACCGAGCAAGCACCGCCUGUAGGUUCGUUCGUCUGUGCUGUCGCCGUUUUCCGGGAAUCCGAGUCCCGGCGAGAAAAUGUAUUGCGGUGCCCAGCGCAUCGCUUGCCUGAAAACGCGCUCGACGCCGGCUCCCGCGUGGACCAGUGGUUCCACUGUGACCACCCCCAGGCACAAAACUGCUGCGACGAUGCCAACGGUGGACGUCACUGCGUUCGCAUGCCGUUAGGGACGGAACCUUUCAGCCUGACCUUUGGCUGCCGAAACAGCUGUCCGGGAGGACUUCGACGAAGAGCUACCGAAAUGGUCUUCCUGCUCCAAUCACCCGAGGGCCUGGACUUGGCACGCAGCGUCGUUCAGGUGAAGGUUUGUGCCUGUCCAGGUCGCGACCGAAGACACGAUGAGCAGCAGGGCGAAGAACGUGAGUGCGCAGCGCUGGUGGCCCGCGCCGCCUUGCCGUCAACGAGCACGCAUCUAGACGCCUACAGCACCGACGGGUCCAGCUCGGACAGCGGAGGCGAAGGCCGCGGCGGUACCUUCUUACUACGCGUCAAAGGUCGAGAAAUGUACGAAUUCUUGUGUCCGCUUCACCAGUCCCUCGAGAGCUCGCAUGCGGAGCAUUCAUCGAGCCUCAGGACGCGGCUAUACCCUUCAUCAGAAUCAGAUGAUUAACCAGACAAGUGAAUUGCGUCAUGUGUGCUAGAAACCUAGGUACAGUUGUGAGUCACUUUAUGCACUUGUGGCGACCGAGUGACGAAUAUAUCCUCAAUGAAGUCCUAUUUAUAAUGUAAUCGGUCCAGUCAUUACGGAUAGUUGGAAGAAAAGCUCAGCUGGGCAUGUGCCAAGGUUGCAUAGCCCAAUUUAAUUUAAAUCCAUAUGCGGUGCAUGUACUCUUGGCCAGGUAAAUCAGUGGAGCAUGUGUGAAAUGCAUGUGUUUUUACACAUGCAUUUCACACAUGCGUUUUUACUGCAAUGAAAUACAGCCCUUGACCGAGUCGUGAACUGUGCAGUUGUGUGCAAAUACACUGCCACAGGCGCCACUCUGUUUUGGGCUGCACAGCAAGGCCUAAAACGUGUUGCUCUUAAAAAGCACAUCUUCUGCGAGCUUCUUGAGUUAUUUUAACACGUGAGGUUAUUUAAUCAGCCUGCCAUGAUUUUGUGCCAUCCUGCAAGGUGACUACUUCGAGCAGUUGACUGCCACUCAUGUGCCCAAUUUUCACAUAAAGUGCACUGCUGCUCAAAAGAACAUUUCUCAACCGAUGGUGCCUUCAAGUAUAAGUGCAAGUGUGAAGUUAGUCACCGAAUGUUAGCCUAAAAGAGUAUAAUUUUUAAAGUAGUCUUUACCAAAUAACAUUUCAUUACGACACAUUCAUGCUAUGUCUUGAUCGGCUGUUACAGCUGCGGGAACAUGCCUGUGUUUGCAGGGGAGUGUUACAAUUCAUAGUAUGUUCAUAAGCAGAUAAGAAUGAAUGGAAGUGAGUGUAUGUUGUGUACCUGUCUGUGUGAGGUGUCAAUACUUUGGUUUUUAGAGUGGCAUUGCUCUGAAUAUAAAGUUUAAUAUUUGUAUUUGAACUUGGAUGUUUUAGUUUGAACACAUGUUUGACGUUUUAGCAUGUUUCCAAGUGAGAGCGAUUUGUUACUACUACAACAACAAAAAAUUGUACUCCAUGCAAUGUGUUGUUGGCACACUCCAAUUUCCAAUGCCUUUUUUCUGACAAAUUUUGUAUGCCCGUUCUGGCUAGGACUGUAGUGCCUUAUUUAGAGAUUUAAUAGUUUGAUGCAACCGUAUGCAUGACCACUGUCGUAUAAUAAUUUUAUAUAUGCUUUUUCAUUGCCAUUUUACAAUAUCAAUAUCUGUGAUAGUGUUGAUAACCACAUGACAUCAUUAUCUCAGUGCAAUAUUGCACAUCAUUGAUUUAAAUGUUGUCUUGUGAGUGUUCUUAUUUUUUCUGUACUUUGUUAUUCAUCUUUACUCAACUCUUUUUUUCACAACUUGGUACUUAGUUCCCAUUUUGUGAUGCUUGAUAAGUUAUUGUCACCAGCCUCGCCCCUAUUUGCUUUUUCUCACUUGCUAUUGUAGGACAUGGCAAGAUGUUUUGUCACAUUCCUAUGUAUGUAUGGCAUUUGGUUUGACCCUGCGGAAGUAAUAGCAAUAAUAAAAAGGAAUGGCAAA